CUCACUUAAUUCAAAUGACUUCGCAAAUCUACAGCCAGAAGAAGUUCAUACCGACGCCGCCGGAGAAGGGCUCCUUUCCACUGGAUCACGAGGGCCUCUGCAAGAAGCAAUUUCUUCUAUACGCCAGCUGCCUGCGGCGUAACGCCCAGGACACGAGUCAGUGCCGCGAGGACGCCCAAAACUAUCUUGCUUGUCGCAUGGACAACAAUCUUAUGGAAAAAACCGAAUGGUCAAAGUUGGGCUUUCACGAUAAGAAACCGGCGCCACAUAGCACAUAUAGCAGCCACAGGUAGCGUGGCA